AUGAAAGCUGGUCCCUGUUCCUUAUCUAUCUAUCUAUCUCAGUCUGCUCAUAUCUAUCUAUCUAAGUCAGUUCCCUAUGUAAGUCAGUUCUUUAUCUAUCUAUCUAUCUAUCUAUCUAUCUAUCUAUCUAUCUAUCUAUCAAAGCCUGUUCAUAUUCAUAUCUAUCUAUCUAUCUAUCUAUCUAUCUAUCUAUCUCAUCAUUUCAUCUAUCUAUCUAUCUAUCUAUCUAUCUAUCUAUCUAUCUAUCUAUCUCAGUCCAUAUGUAUCUCUCGUUUCUCUCCUAAUUGCCUUCCUCGUUACUCCUACAAAACUGAAUUUCUGUCAUUUCUGUCACUUGUUGAGGUCUAUCUAUCUCAGUUCCUUCAUUAUCUAUCUAUCUAUCUAUCUAUCUGUAUAUCUAUCGCAAUCUGUUCAUUAUCUAUCUAUCUAUCUAUCUAUCUAUCUAAUUCUGUUCAUAUCUAUCUAUCUAUCUAUCUAUCAAUCUAUCGCAAUCUGUUCAUUAUCUAUCUAUCUAUCUAUCUAUCUAUCUAUCUAAUUCUGUUCAUAUCUAUCUAUCUAUCUAUCUGUAUAUCUAUCGCAAUCUUCUGUACAUAUCUAUCUGUUUAUAUCUAUCUAGCAAGCUGUUCUUUAUCUAUCUAUCUAUCUAUCUAUCUAUCUAUCUAUCUAUCUAUCUAUUUACUUCUGUUCAUAUUUAUCCAUCUAUCUAUCGCAAUCUGUUCAUGUUAA